UUGACCACUUACAUGGAGAAUCGGAGAGGCAGACCGUGGGAGGGACAGACCUUAUUGGUGUGUAAUAUGACCCUCGAACUACCAUCUUGGUUCUACUGGCAUGAGGGGAAACAUUGCUGCAGGGACUGUCCAACAUGGAUGACAUCGAUGUCAUUCUUCAGGACAAAAGACUCAGGUUACUCCAGCAACCGUUGAGCCCUAUAUUCACAGCUUCAACUGGAGCUCUGCUUCUUGGUGUCUACAGACUUUGGACUGUAUUUGCACUUCCUGGGUUUCGAAAAGUACCCGUAAACCUCAAGGUACCCUUCUUGCCUUCGGGUAAAACACAGACCCAGAAUGUAAUGAAACUGCUGCGUGGACGCAGGGGUUGUCUGGUGGACCUGGGCUCAGGCGAUGGCAGACUGGUGUUUGCUGCCUCCCAUGUCGGUCUGCGCUGCACUGGCUAUGAAAUAAACUUCAUCCUAACAACGAGCGCUCAAGUCCGAGCUUGGUGGAGAGGAGUGCCCCCCAGCAGUGCCAGCUUUGUCUCCAGAGACUUCUGGAAGACCGAUCUGUCAGAUUACAACAAUGUGACAGCGUUCUUGGCCCCUGGUGUGAUGGACGUGCUUGGGGAGAAGCUGCUGAAGGAGCUGCCUGAUGAAGCGCGGGUCAUCGCCUGCCGAUUCCCCUUCCCAGACUGGCCCUGCUCUGCGUCAGAGGGACAGGGUCUAGACCAGGUCUGGGCAUAUGACAUGGGAGCUGUGCGUGGCUGUCUCCUGCGAACCCCCAUGCCACUGCCAAAGGCAGAGACACAGUGUUAAUCACUCCCUUUUGUCCCCUUGAUAGCUGAGGUUGAUCUUGUACUAUGAGAUGAGAUCCCUGUAGCACAUAUUAUACCAAAUGCUUUCCCUGGAACAAUUACACUGUGGGGUAAGACCCAACCACAGUAUCCUCAGUGUCUCCAUAAUGAAACGUUUUCGUGCUCUCACUUGGUCUCAGCUAACACAACUUUGUUUUUUUAGACUCAAUAACUGACCCAAAAAAUGAACCAACUUUGGAGAAAAUAAAUCCUAUUUUGAA